GACAGCUCUACUGGUUGCGUUUAUCCACUAGCACUAGUACAUCUCCGAUGAGCAACACACCCUCAUCCUGCCACCCCAGGCUCUUCGUCGCCGACCUCGCCCUUGGGGUUUCCCUCUGCCUUCAGGGACUCUGGGUGCUUCAGACCGGCCUCUCUCUCUCCGUCGCUGUCUUCAUACCUGAAGGAUGCCACAAGCUUCUCGAUGUUGUCCGCGGCGUCGACGUUUCCACCAAGUGCGAUUUGGACGACUCCAAGCUCAGGGCCGUCGCAAUCCUCGAUCUGAUGUUUGUCCUCCACAAUGGACAACAACCCCAUGCCAUCUCUCGCUCUUCUUCCCUCAACUCUCGCGCCCACAUCGAGGAAGAACUCAAGCAAGUCUUCAACAAAUUCGACGUCAAUGGUGACGGCAAGAUCUCCUCCUCCGAGCUCGGAUCCAUCCUCUCCAGCCUCGGCUACUCCGCCACCGAUGACGAACUCCAGACCAUGAUCCGAGAGGUCGAUUCUGAUGGCGAUGGAGUCAUCGAUUUGGACGAGUUCAUCGAGCUCAACACCAAGGACAUCGAUUCCAAUGAGGUUUUCGAGAAUCUGAAAGAGGCGUUUUCUGUGUUUGAUAUUGAUAAGAAUGGUUCCAUCUCUGCUGAUGAGCUUCAGAAUGUGCUGAGUAGCAUCACUCAAGAAAAGUGGAGACCCAAACACCACUCAAGAAAAUCAACUUCUCUCUGUGGACCUCUCGGCAUCAACCUCUCUCUCUAUCCCUCUUUUUCUUGUGACCCACACUCACACACACCCACGGGAGAAGCAAGUCAAGAACUAGAGAGGGACGGAGUUGCUGGAACUGUGGGAAGAAGGGACAUCUAA